GUCAGUACAUACUCGUAGAUGUCCUUCCUAAAACCAAGAAUGAAGUUCGUUAUUUCUUUCGCGCUUCUCCUAGCUGUGUCUGUGGUGACCGUCUCAGCGGAAGCAGGACGUUCGGCUUGUCGUGAGCUUGAGGAAAUCGGUCAAACUUACCCCCAUCAUUUUGAUCCGGCUAAGUAUUGGUAUUGUGAAACUUUGAAUGAGCCCGCUGAGGAGAAGGACUGUUUGAAAGGCAUGGCCUAUAUGCAUCUGCUGAAAGAGUGCAUUCCCUGGGCCAACUGGCAAUGGAAACCUCUGCAAGAUCCACCAAGUGUAGCGUAAAGUGG